GCUUUCUGGACCAAUCAGUUUAAAACGCGGUCUAGUUUCACACUUGUUGUGCUUUUAAAAUUUAAACCUACUUAAAUUAAACGGCCUGUGUUUUGUAUUAUUAUUUCUUAAUUAUUAAUUAUUUCUUUGAUAAAUAUAAAUAUUUUUUUUUAAUUUUAUACACUCCUGAACAAUGACCAGUAAAUCGCCUUCUUCAAUAAAAGACUUUUACCGGGCACAAGUUCACAAUAACAAUAGCAAUUCUGCAAAGUCCAUCUAUAAACGACAACUUGACUCAAGUGAUAACGUAUCUCCCUCAUUUAAAAUACCCAGAUCAAUUGAUCAUGAUGUUGUCACAUUAGAAGACUCAGAUGAUGAAGAUUCACUGACCAAUGAAUUCUUGCCUGUCAGAGGAAUCUCUACACCAUCUCCAGGUGCUUUACCUUUUGGUACUGAGGAAACUUUUAACUCUCCAGAAGAUCCAGCGAAAGACCGUUUGUUUAAAAUAUUUUUCCUCAAAUCACAAAACUCUGGUAUACUACGAUCAGCCUACAACUUGCUUUCACGCGAGGUGUUUAAUCCUCGCUGGAUUGAUUUCUCAGAAAUUGAUGAAAUGAUCUCGCUUCAAGAAAAUCCUGUUUUAGUUUUGGAUUCUUUCAAAUCUAGGGAGUUUCCUCUUCUCAAAUCCAAAAAAAGUCUAAAAAUUUUCUCAGUUUUUGCCUUGCUCUCAAUAAAUCCAAGAAAGUCGCAAGACUUAACUUCAUUCGAACAUCCUCACAUUGCCAGUAUUUGCAUGAAAAAGGUAUCAUUAACAUUUUCUGGUAUUUCAGAUCAUUCUGUUGUUUCUGAAAUUAGGAGAAAAGUUCGUUCCAUGGGUGGUAUUUUCAAACCAGCGCUAUAUGCAAAGACAACUCACAUUGUUGCUUCAAACUGGAACUCUGAAAAAGUAAAAUAUUUUAGGAAAGCAAACAAGCCUGUGAUGCGUCCUGAAUGGGUAUUUAAAUGCUGGGAAAAGAGAGAAGAAAUUUCUGACCUUCAUGAGUUGGAUGACUUGGCCCUACCUGUAUUUGCAGGGAUGAAUUUUUGUGUAUCAGGGUUUAACCAACAGGAUCGAACAAGAAUUAGAAAAAUGGUUGAGAACAACGGAGGUAACUGGCAAACCGGUUUGAUUUUGGACCGAUACGAUUUUGAUACUGAAGAUACACAAAGAACUCAAAUUGGUCCUAAUAACAAAACUACUCACUUAGUUGUAGCUCGUAAAGCAGGUGAGAAAUAUAAAGCUGCAAUGAGUGACCGAGACGUAAAAAUUGUUAAUAUUGACUGGAUCAAUGUUUCGCAACUUCAUGGGAUUCCUCAAAUGGAAGAUGACCCAAAAUAUUGUUUAAGGGACGAAAAUGCUUUGAAAGAGUUGAAACGAUUAGAAAGAGAAAGCAAACGUAAACAAUUGCAAGGCUGUAGUCAAAACAGUGCUACUUCAACUCAAGAUAAUUCUGUGCCUAUCCUACCUCCAAAAAAUAAUGUAACUGCCGCCAUCGAAAAAUUGGCUCUCACUAAUAUGAUCUCUUAUACCUGUGUCUUCGAUGGACUCAGCUUUUGUUUUUGUGGCUUAGCCACUAAAUAUCUUCCGCAUGUAAAAAAAAUUAUCUCUCGCCUUGGAGGCACUGUUUAUAACGAGCUUGUACCUUCAGUUACGCAUGUGAUUAUUGGAUCUGAAAUAACUUCUCGUGAUGCAUAUAAUAUCAAUCGACAUGAGGAAAAGUAUCGAAGAAUUUCUAAAGUGGACUUAAACUGGAUUGAGGCAUGUGCUAAUCAUAGAAGUCUGUUCCCUUCACAAUGUGAUGUUAAAUUAGAAAAUUUCAUAGAAAAAAUUAAAUGCACACAAGAUUUACUUCCUAGUGAAGCUAAGGAGAUUGCAUAUGAAAGAGCUUUAAAAAGUGCCGAUGAAUUUGUAAAGGAAAUUGAUUUCGCUGAAAAAUUGAAUCGAAAUAUUAAUUUUAACAAAGCCAAAGACAAUAACAAUAAUAAUAAUCACACAGCUGCCAAGAAUGGUUCAAGGAUGGGCGCUAUUCCUGUUUCACCGAAAUUGGAAAUAACCAAAGAUCUUCACAGCCAAAGAGGAAGUAUCAUGCACAGUAUUCCUGUUGAAUGGGGAUCCCAGCCUACCGACUGAAGCUUUAAUCGAUUGAACAAUGUAUUAUUAAGAUUUAUUUAAAUUAAAAUUUUUUGAUGACAAAUA